AUGGGGGACAAGAAGUUUCAGAAGUGGAAGAAAAUAAGCACAGAGGACAUGAAUGCAUAUUUUGGUAUAAUGAUAUUCUUGGGCUUGACGAGGCUACCUGCACUGAGCGACUACUGGCAUAGAGAUCCUCUCUUCCACUGUAGCAUCAUUGCCAACGGUAUGUCCAGAGACCGCUUUUAUGAGAUUCACCGUUACCUGCAUUUUGUAAACAACACUACCAUCACAACACCAACUGAUGGUCUAUACAAAGUCUGCCAAUUCUUGACCAUGAUUGGAGAGAGAUUUAAGGUCGUGAAUCACCCUCACUGUCAAUGUGCGAUAGAUGAGGCUAUCGUUCCUUAUAAAGGUCGCUCCUCUCUCAAGCAGUAUAUGCCUCAGAAGCCUAUAAAGAGAGGUUUCAAGGUGUUAGUGAGAGUAGACAGCAUGAAUGGUUAUGUUUAUCAGUUCAAAGUCUAUACUGGAAAGGAAACAUCUUCCACUGAGAAAGGCUUGGGAUCUCGUGUUGUGAAAAAUCUAACUGUGACCAUCCAACACCAUAACCACCAUGUCUACUGUGACAAUGUUUUCUCGAGUUUUCAGCUAUUCUCUGACCUUUUAUCUGUUGCAAUAUAUGCCUGUGGAACCUUAAGGAGCAACCGUAAGCAUUUUUCAUCUGAGCUUACACCUUAA